CAUUGUUUAUCUUCGCACAAUUUCAUUUACCGAGUCAACACGUGCAGUUGCGGAAUCGUUGCAAUAAACUAAUGUGAAAUAAUUUAGUUGAACAGCAGGUUAUCAUCUAUUAAUUGUGUUAAAAAUAGUUUUGAAAUAUUGUUUUUGAUCCUGGCAUGUUGAAACACCCUUAAAAAUCAUGGUAAAAGCAAAGAAAAACCGCAUCGACUCGGAUGCGCUGCUCAAGAAGAAAUCGCUCCAAGGCGUGAAGAAGCCGAACCCCUUCGAAAUCCAAACGAACAAGGCCAAGUUUACCAUUCUGAACCGGGACACGCAGGCAAAUCGUCGGUUCGCAGGCGUUCCCGGGGUCCAGCGGGCACGGGCCAUCGAAAAGCGAAAGCAAACCCUGGGGCAAGAAUUUCUGCUGAAGAACAAGAGCAAUCGCUUCACGGACCAGCGCAAAGAUGGCAGGAACAUGAGUCGGGAUCAGAUGGUCGCGGAGCGUAAGUCGACGGCCACCCGGCGGAAAGAAAUGUACAAUUUGAACGAUACGGUCAAGCUGACCCAUCGGGGACAGACGCUGGAGGAGAUCGAACGAUUCGACGACGCGGUGGAUAACGAUGACGAUUCCGACGAGGACGGAGGCCAGCUGGAGGCUGACUUUAUGGAAGCGGCUCACUUCGGUGGCGGCGAGGAAGACGGAGAAGAUCGUGGUAGAGAUCGCAAAACCGUGAUCGAAGAAAUGAUCGCCGAAUCGAAACGACGGAAGGCGGAGAAACAGCGUGAAAACGAUGAAGUGUACGAAAUGACACAGAAGCUCGACCAGAACUGGCAAAGUCUAAUGUCGGUUGUGGGGGACCACAUGAAGGGGGACAGCGUUCGGCCCCAACUGGACGACUACGAUCGAGUUAUGCGGGAGAUGAUUUUCGAGCGGAGAGGAGCGCCGGCGGAUAAGCUCAGGUCGGAGGAAGAGUUGGCCAGAAUAGAGAAGCAAAAGUUGGAGAAAUUGGAACGGGAGCGAUUGGCUAGAAUGAAGGGGGAAGAUGGAGAAGCGAAGGGACAGCAUCGGUCGGCGGACGACCUGGAUGAUGGAUAUUUGUUGCAGCCGGUGGAUGGCGACGCGACGGAAGGGUACGAUGAAGCGGACGUCGACGCCGAAGAUGGACUCUACAAUCCACGUGAAAUUAGCAGAGAAGGUAAUAAGGAUGAAGCGCCGGCUGAAGAAGAUAGCAAGGAAGAAUCUGAAAGCGAAGAAUCAGAAGACGAGGAAUCUGAAGCUGAAUCUGGUGACGACGAGGAUAAUCUUUCCGACCUGAAAGAAGAUUCUGAGAGUGAGGAGGAAGUCGUCACUGUACAAACAAGUUCAGAGAAGCCCACGACGCCAGCACGACCGGAUCCGGUGGCAGAAGCAGCUCAGGAAGCUCGAGCAAAGGCAGAAGCGGAAUUGCCUUUCACAUUUGAGUUGCCCCGGAAAUAUGAACAACUAGAAGAACUAUUGAAGGGACGCUCUCCGACGGAGCAGCUCGUCAUCCUGGAGCGAAUGGUUAAGUCCAAUAAUGCAAAGUUUUCUCGUGAAAACAAGCAGAAGAUGAUAUCAGUUUAUGCUUUCUUACUUCAGCAUUUGAAUGAUCGCUUCGCAUCUGUCGAACCGGAAUCGCUUCACGACAAUUUUCGUCUUCUGGAUGGCUUAUCGCCGUUUCUGUACGACCUUGCCAAGAUAAACCCAUCGGAAACGUCUCAAUGCUUCCUGGAUGUUCUUAAAGAGAAGCAAGAAGAUUACCGCAAGAAACCUCGACAAUAUCCCCACCUGGAUAGCUUGAUCUUCCUGAAAUUAGUCCCGGUGCUCUUCUCCGCAUCCGAUUUCCGCCACCCCGUAGUUUCCCCCACUCUAGUCUUCAUCAGUCAGCUUUUGUCCAGGUGUCAAGUGCGCAACCGGAAAGACGUAACCUCCGGUCUAUUUCUUGUCACAACGGUUCUAGAGUGCGUAGAACAAUCCAAACGAUUCCUUCCGGCAGUUUUAAACUUCCUGAAUGGCAUUCUCUACCUAUGCUUCCGGAAACGGUCCAUCACCGUACUUCCGGUGGUGCCCCCAUUUAAAUCGUCCCCGCCGCUGUGCAACCUGCUGGCGCUGGACGACACUACGAAAAACUGUGGCGAGGAGGGAUACGCCCUGCGCUGCGAGGAUUUCCUCCUGGAGGAAGUGGACGAUUCGUUUAAGUUACGGGCGUUGAGCGCCGCCUUGGAGAUGAUUUCCCGGGUGUUCCAGCAGUUAUGUGACGCUUCAGCCAUUCACCAGCUAUCAAUCGACUUCAUACGAAGCCUGGAACGCAUCGACGAAGAACUACUGCCGGCAGUCCUCAAAGUGUCGCUCAACGAAACGCUCAACACGGUGAAAUCGCUGCACCUGCGACCUCUGCUGUACCUGCUCGCACCGGAACAGAAACCCAAACCCCUUCGUCUGCUGGAGCCGAAGAUUGAAGCCGUGUACGACGAUAUUCGCCGUAGGCCGAAGAAUCAACAGCUGUCCGAUCGGGACAAACGCCGAAAGCUCCAGCAGAAAGUCAAGAAAGAAUCACGUGCGGCCGCUCGCGAAAUCAGACAGGAUAACGAGUUUAUUGCCAAAUUGCAGUUCAAACAGCGUGCCGCCAGCGAUCGCGAACGGCGAGAGAAAGUCAAACGGAUAUUCUCCGAUGCCACGACGCAGCAAGGCGAGCUCAAAUCGCUCGAUCGGAAGGCAAAGUACAAGAAGUGAGGCCCAGGUGCGGUGGACGCUGGGCGCUUGUAAAAUAGAAAUAUAUGUGCACGUAAGUAAUUUAA